ACCAAUAAAAUAUCCAACCUGCCCAAGAGCAUACGCGGCCCAACAUGUUAUCUAAAUUAAAGACAAUCGUGGAAUUAGGGUACAGCAAGAGUGUGUAGCGUGAAGGCCAUUGAAGACACAGAAAAGCUGAGGUGUGUUAUCAGCCCUGACCGGAGACUGCGUAAUAGCCUACUGUGGAAUUUGGUCAGAGGUUUAUCUGGAGCGGUAGUAAUAAGCAGCACGAAUAGCCCGCUACGAGGUCAGAGGAAGCGAGCGCUUUAAUGACCGGAGUAUUUUUCACCCGACUUCUGAUGAGGGACAUAAAUUGGAGCAACAGCACAGCACAGCACACAUCAGGAGCGAGGACUCACACGGCGACAGGCUCGACAAGCAGCGAAUCAUAAUUGGUGAGGCAGAACCAUGGAGGCUGAAGAUGCUAACGUCUCGUACAGCAGGUGGAAUGAUGAUGUGAACAUGACCUCCGCACAGUCCCAGUCAAGCUUAAUCAGGUUCUAUAACCGGCUGUGCACGGGGAACCUGGGCAUCUACAUCAGGAUAGCGGGGGCUCUGGCAGCGUUGGUGUCCGUCUACAUCCUGGGCUACGUCACCGGCUACUACGUCCACGGACGCUAACGCCCUGCUGUGUGUGUGUGUGUGUGUGUGUGUGUGUGUGUGUGUGUGUGUGUGUGUGUGUGGGGUCAUCACGUCUACAUCCUGGGCUACGUCACCGGCUACUACGUCCACGGACGCUAACGCCCUGCUGUGUGUGUGUGUGUGUGUGUGUGUGUGUGUGUGUGUGUGUGUGUGGGGUCAUCACGUCUACAUCCUGGGCUACGUCACCGGCUACUACGUCCACGGACGCUGACGCCCUGCUGUCCGUAUGUGUGUGUGUGUGUGUGUGUGUGUGUGUGUGUGUGUGUGUGUGUGUGUGUGUGUGUGGUCAUCACGCCUACAUCACCGGCUACUACGUCCACGGGUGCUGACGCCCUGCUGUCCGUGUGUGUGUGUGUGUGUGUGUGUGUGUGUGUGGUCAUCGGGCAGCGGCUGGUCAGUGCACUAGAAGAUCCUGCACGCUUUAAAUGCAUCCAGGACAUCAGCAGUUUAUAACGCACUCAGGAGGGACUGAGGAACCGGAGCCAGGAUACUACUGUGUUCUAAACUAAAGCACGCCAUUAUUUAACACGUUUUUAUAAUGACUUUACCGGAAUAGGACUUAAAUGAAUCGAUUGUAUACUGUAUGCCUUUAAUGUGUUUCAUUUCAAAACUGCAUAUGUUUAUGUCCAUAUCCAUGGAAACAGGCGUAACAAACAUGUGGCGUAAUGCGAUUGGCUGGCUCAUGAGUCAGGUGCCAGGGGCUGCACUGCAGGCCAGUGCAUGUCUAAGAUGAUUGGCUGCCAGCUACUGCGCCAUGGAAACAGAUCAAAGUUGAUGUAAACAUCUGAUUACUAGGAAAGUGAAAGGUUUUAAAUAUCCAGACAGAUUCAGUUUAUUAAUGUAAAUCAUACCCGAUAUUAAUAUUGCCAAUGCACACUGUAUGUGUAUGACAUGGAGACUGUGAUAAGAAAUCUAAUCCAAAUGAUUUAAAUUACUUUAUUUUCUUAAUUUAUGUUUUUAUUCUAUUCAGUUAUAAUAAAAUGCUGAAGUCUC